CACUCCACACCCCUGCACUUUGCCGCUGGCUAUAAUCGCCUGGGCGUAGUGGAACUGCUGCUGCAAUUCGGUGCGGACGUGCACGCCAAGGAUAAGGGCGGUCUUGUCCCGCUGCACAAUGCUUGCUCCUACGGUCAUGCUAAGGAGCUGACGCCUGAACGCGCAUCUGUGAAGCCCUACAUCACCGACCACCCCGAAGUGGGAUGUGUGGAUGAUGAAUUGCAGCUACAUAAACAGACCUAA